AACAGACCCUAACACGCCCCUUUCUUGCGAGUGAGGCCAAAGCCGAGCAAACAAAACGAUAUGCCGCUGCCCUGAACCGAGACCACCACCGCUCUGCCUCGCCUCGCCUCGCGUCGUCUCACCUCACCUCACCUCGCCGACUAGGGUUUUGUACCGCCGUGGAUCUCGCCGUCCCCGCCAUGGACGUCUCGCACGCGGGAUCCUCCGUCGCCGGCGAGGCUCCGACCACCGGGGAGCACCGGAUGGGGACUACCAUCGUCGGGGUCUGCUACGAGGGCGGCGUCGUCCUGGGCGCCGAUUCCAGGACCAGCACUGGAAUGUAUGUAGCCAACCGUGCUUCAGACAAGAUUACUCAACUGACAGACAAUGUGUAUGUCUGUCGCUCUGGAUCUGCUGCUGAUACACAAGUCAUUUCGGAUUAUGUACGCUAUUUCCUCCACCAACACACAAUCCAGCUUGGACAACCAGCUACCGUUAAAGUUGCAGCCAACUUGAUUAGGUUGCUAGCUUAUCAGAACAAGAACAUGUUGCAAGCUGGCAUGAUUGUUGGAGGAUGGGACAAGUACGAGGGAGGCCAAAUUUUCUCAGUCCCUCUUGGUGGAACGAUCUUGAAGCAACCAUUUGCAAUUGGAGGUUCAGGUUCCAGUUACCUAUAUGCUCUUCUUGAUCAUGAAUGGAAAGAGGGAAUGAGUCAGGAAGAGGCAGAGAAAUUUGUGGUGAAGGUAGUUUCCCUUGCUAUGGCCCGUGAUGGUGCUAGUGGAGGGGUUGUCCGUACAGUUACAAUAAAUGCGGAUGGCGUGAAGAGGAACUUUUACCCUGGCGACAAGCUACCCCUGUGGCACGACGAGCUGGAACCCCAGAACUCGUUGCUUGAUAUUCUUGCUGCUGGGAACCCUGAUCCCAUGGUGCAGUGAACUCGCCCUCCACUUACUUUGUGAACUUUUCACUGUAUCUGACUUGUUCUUGAUUAUUUCUCCUUGAACUAUGUCAGACCAGAGUAAUUUACGAAUUGUUGUUAUCGCACCUUAAUAAAUUCAUGUUUAGCUGGGUGAUUGGCGUUUUGAGUUAAUGGUUACUGGUAAGCGUGCUACUGCUGUAGUUAAGCCUGUGGCAAGUAUUCAAAUUUUCAGUAAUGAAUCCCCCGUAGCAGCCAGCACCAUUCUAUCUGCUACAACA